AUGUCCAUAUCAAAGGAAGUACCUUCCAGCAGAAAAAGCCUCCCAGCGGUCUGGAUGAGGGCUGGAACCUCCAAAGGACUUUUCAUCCAUGAGCACCACCUUCCUUCAUCGCAGAGCCUCUGGGCUCCGAUUCUCCUCUCCGCGCUGGGAUCUGCGGACGCAGACAAACGACAGCUCAACGGCGUCGGAGGAGGCACAUCCACCACGUCUAAGGUCGCAGUCAUCUGCAAGUCAGCCCGGCCGGGUGUCGAUGUCGAUUAUACCUUCGUCCAGGUCGCGCCGGAAGAUUCCAAAAUCGACAUGUCUGGGAACUGUGGAAACAUUGCUUCCGGGGUAGGUCCAUUCGCGGUGGAUGAGGGACUGGUGAAGAUUGCCCCGGGACAAACUAUGGUAGAUGUCACAGUCUUCAACACCAACACGCAACGACUCCUUGUGGAGACCGUCCAGAUCACUCCUGAUGGAAAAUUCUCCGAAGGUGGAGAGUACAGCAUCGCUGGUGUCGCAGGCACGGCGAGUCCUAUUCGAAUUGCAUUCAUGAACCCCGGUGGGAGCAAGACCGGAAAGCUUUUUCCCAGCUCUGCCCGACAGGAACUGAUCUCUGUGCAAUCCUCGUACGCACAGGCACCAUUCACCGUUCGAGCGAGUCUGGUCGACGCGGCCAAUCCCUUUAUUUUCAUCGACGCGACAUCCAUGCCGUCUGUUUACGACGAUUCCGAUCCGUCCUCGAUAUCCUUGGAUAUCAUCGAGGAGAUCCGGGUCGCUGGUGCCAUUCGCAUGGGACUGGCUACGGACACAACUGCCGCCAGGCGGGUUCGAGGCACGCCAAAGAUUGCCCUGCUCCGUUCAGCUCAUAGUGAUGAGGAGGUCGACAUAGACGCCCGGGCAUUUAGUCUGGGGAAACCCCAUCCGAGUUUCCAGUUGACGGGGGCUGUGUGUCUAGGCGCCGCGUUGAGCGUCCCUGGAACAGUAGCAUGGGAUCUACGGCGACGGAGAAAUCUCGAUAUGAACUUGAAUGAGCGAACGUCGCUAGAUGACUCCAAGAAACCAAAGUCUGGUAUUUCCCGGUGGGCGAUCCGACAUCCAGGCGGGCGAUUGGACGCGGAGGUCGACUGGAUGGUCCGGAGUCAGGAGAUGCAUGUCAACAGCGUCAGCGUCUUUCGUACGGCACGGCGGUUGUUCGAGGGGAGGGUAUUCUACUGA